GUCCUGCCCACCCUGAAGCCUCAUUAGGCCCCGCACUUAUCUCAGCGCCACAGCCAAGGACAGGCGCCCGGUCCUCCCUCUGCCAGCCUGAGCCAGGAGCCAUGGGGAACUGUCAGCCCCGGGUGGACUCCUCUGCCUUCGUGGAUAGGAACUUCAGUCAGGAGACCCUUGGAGAUGACAUUUGGGAGGACAUGAACAUCUCCUAUGACAAGACUGACUAUGAUGACCUUGGGCUGGAAUCAUCUGCCCCCUGCCACUCCUGUAACCUGCUGGACGAGUCCUCGCUGCCCUUCUUCCUCCUGGCCAGCAUCCUGGGCAUCCUGGCCAGCGGGGCCGUCCUCUUCGCGCUGCUCAGGCCGCUCUUCCAUUGGCAGCACUGCGCUGACCGGCCAGUCCUGGCACAGCUGGCUGUGGGCAGUGCCCUUUUCAGCAUCGUGCUGCCCAUCCUGGCCCCGGGGCUGGGUGGUGCUGACAGCGGCCCCCUGUGCCACCUGGCCCAUCUGGUCUGGUAUGGUUCUGCCUUUGCCCAGGCUCUGCUGAUCGGGUGCAGGGCCUGCCUGGGCCCCACAUUGGGUGCGGGCCGAGUCCCAGGUCUCACUCUGAUGCUCACAGUGGGACUUUGGGGAGCGGCUAUCCUCUUGGCACUGCCAAUCUCCCUGGUCAGUGGCAGUUCCCAGGGACUCUGCACCCUCAGCAGGGGGUGGGGGACUUUGCAGGCCAUACACCUUGCAGCCUGUUUUGCCAUCUUCAUCUUGUUGCCGCUGGGUUUGUUGGGAGCCAAGGGGUUGAAGAAGGCCUUGAACCGGGGGCCAUGUCCCUGGGUUGAUGUCCUAUGGGCCUGGUUCAUUUUCUGGUGGCCUCAUGGGGUGGUUCUGGUGUUGGACUCCCUAGUGAGGUCCCGGGCCUUCUUGUUGUCUUCAUGUCUGGCCCAGCAGGCCCUGGACCUGCUGCUGCACCUGGCAGAAGCCGUGGCCAUCCUGCACUGUGUGGCCACCCCCCUGCUCCUGGCCCUGUCCUGCCACCAGGCCGCUAGCUCUGUGCUGCCCUCCCUCCCUCUCCCAGUGGGACAGUCUUCUCAUCAGAACACCCUUGGAGGCAAAUCCUAGCCCCCUUCCCACCUGCAAAGCUGUAUUAAA